AUGCACCGAAAGAAAGAUAAACUGAGAGAUAAGACCGUUGAUUUAAGACGGGAAUAUUUGGACGCUGAGUCCAGCGACGAAGACCAUGACCAAUAUGAAAGCGAUAAGGAAACAGAAAGAGCGAAGGAAACGUCACUGAGAACGACUUACGACCACGAGGAACUUAAAAAACUGAUUGGUUUUGUUAAAAAUAUGACAGUGCUAUCAAAUCUCAAGGAUGAUGAUUGGAAUGAAAGUAUUUUUGAAAAUAUAAAAGAAUUUUUAACGAACAAAAAAAUAAAAAUUUUAAUAAUUUAUUUAAAUGAAAAAAAUACUUUGACAAGUGAUUUUUAUUUCCCGUCAUAUCCAGUAGGUGAACUAACGUAUUUUAUACGAAAGAGAAAUGAAGAAUUUUGUGUCAAAAAUUUUCACAACGAAAUAUUGUUCGGCACGACUAAUAAUACUAACGUUGAAGCGACGCUGUCUGCAAUAACAAAUGAUCUACUUGCGCCAAUUUUUCUAAAUACUUAUUCAUGGAGUGACAGUGUGAAAAAGUUUUGUAAUUUAUUCCUUAACUGUUCGACAACAUGCGUAAAAGCAAACUUCUGUAUGAACUUGUACGAGUUUCUUAGCAGUCUCACUGAGUUGAGAUAUAAAAAAUUGGGUUUAACUGUAAUUUAUGUACCGAUUGAAACAAAUAAUCUAACGGUGACAGAAGCAUGCAACAAUAAAGAUCUUAUAAAACGCUUGGAGAAACUUAUUUUUUUAUGGAGUAAACAAAUAAGACUCGGACUGUCAGACGCCGAAAAUAAAAUGAUAGAUAAAAAAUUUCCAUGCAUUAUUGAUGAACAUAAAUUAUGGAUCACACGAUGGAAUAAUUUCCGUGGAUUAAAUUACCAAAUAAAAAGUUCUGCAGUGCAGCACAUCCUGAAUAUAUUAACGGAAGCUAAAUCCAAUCAAUUGCAACAGUUUAUGCUGCUGAAUAAUGAAAUUGUAGAACAUACCCAAGAAGCAAAAACAAAUAUAGAGUAUUUAGAACUAUUAAAAGAACCGUGCAUUGAAUUAAAUGAAAUAACGGAGCCUGAAUUUUUAUUGGAGCACUUGCCAAAAAUCUUACAUAUCUUCCGUUACAUCUGGCUGCACUCGCCGUUCUACAGCACCCAUCAAAGAGCUUAUCAUCUCAUUAAGCUAAUAAACAACCAGAUUAUCACAAUAAACCGCGGGUUCAUUAACCUUGAAGAUGUUUUCGAGGAUGGAAAGACGCGAGAAACGAUAAAAAUACUGAAAAAGUGCAUUGAGGCUUGUAAAAAUUACAAGGAUCUCUACUUGAAGUUUGCUAAAGCUCACAAUGAUUUAACAUCAAACGCUUGGGAUUUAGAUGACAAACAAGUUCUACAUUACAUCGAUAUCUUUAUUGAGAGAUGCAGAAAUUUUAUCGAAAUUUUACAUGCUAUGAUCGACUUUGCUCAAUUAGAUGAAGAAGCCAAGAGAAUUGAGCCAAUUUUCAGUGGACCAAAUAGCAAAGAAUAUGAAAGAAUAUGUAUUAAAAUAGAGGAGAGAUUUUUAGUGUAUUUACAAACACUAAGACUUAAAGCUCACAAGAUAUUAGACGUUCAAGAGCCCACCUGGUACGACGACAUGUUCGCAUUCCAGAACGAGAUGAAGGACUUAGAGAUAACAAUUGGGAAUCUCGUGAACGUUGUAUUCAAAGACAUGAAUAAUGUACAGGAAGGUAUUACCAAUCUCUAUGGAUUUAAAAUUUACAUGAAUAGAAAGAGUUUGAAGUCUCUGUUUGAUUCAAUAACAACAAAAAUAUGGCUGCUGUUCGCCAACGAUAUUCAAGUAAUGAAACAAGAAAUAUUGGAGGAACGUAAUGAGUGUCCGUUAAAUACUCCGUAUUUUUCUGGUAGAGCGCUAAAUCUAAAGUUGAAAAGCAAACGAUUAGAAGUGACUAAACAACAACUCACUGAAGCAAAAUGGCCUGGACAGUGUGGAAUUAGUGAUAAAGUUUACCAUCAGCAGGAGAUGUUGGUUGGUUCCAUCAGUGAAACGAUCGUCAGGCUCUAUCACAAGUGGAUGGAUGACAUCGGUGAUAAUCCAAAGAGCCGGCUCGAUCGAUACUUGAUGCGACGCAGCGACGAUAAGCCGGGACUGCUCGAGUCCAACCUCGAUCCAAACCUUGUGAAUUUAUGCCGCGAGGCGAACUAUUGGCAGUACCUAGGCUUCCAAAUUCCCAUCUACGUACAGAUGAUCUAUGAUAAGUGGGACACGCUACAGUUCGUUUCUGAGAGUGUGCUUAUGCUUGUUCGUGCAUACAAUAGGAUACUUGAUGCUCUUUCGCCUGAAGAAAAGCUAUUUUUUAGACGUCACAUAAAUGACCUCGAUGAAAAAAUUCACCCGGGAUUAACUAAGCUGACUUGGAACUCUGAUUCUAUUGAUGUUUAUAUAAAAAAAUGCUGCGAUAUCGCAACUGAUAUCGUUUUUACCCCUUCUCUUGAUGAAAUCUCUAAAGUCACCAGUAGUGCUUUACAACAUAUUUUGGAACCGUUCAAAAACAUCCCGAGAUUGCCUGAAAAAUUCGGAUUAGGACGUUAUGGGGUCAGUAGUCUCUGGAGGACUUUCAAUGAAGACCAAACAUUUAUUCAGAUGCAAAAAAAUAUUGACAAUCAAGUCGAUACGUGUUUCAAUUCAAUUGAAAAUUAUCUCAAGACAUGGGAACCGUUUCGCGAUGUAUGGGAAGUUGACAAAGAUUUAUUUAUUAAAAGGUACAAAAAUUUGAAACCAUCAGCGGUUUUAUUUGAAGCAGAAAUCGGAAAAUAUACUGAGAUAGCGAAUAAUUUACAAAUUCAAGAAACAUUCGCGACAGUAAAUUUUUUAAAUAUUAAUUCAGAUCAACUGAAAAACGCAAUAAUAGAACACUGUGUAGAGUGGCAAAAUAAAUUAACACUCUUGUUAUUACGUAUGACUCAAGAAUUAGUCGAGCAGCUGAACGUUUACAUGGAGGAAAAUAUAAAAAAGAUAAGCAGAGAGCCAACAGACUUCAUCGAAAUGCAAGCAACGUUGCAAUUGUUCGAGAGACUCCGAGCUGAAAUUCUAUGGAAAGAGGAAGAAUUCCCCAAGAUACGAGAGCAGUACCAGACUCUAGAUGCUCUAACAUGGCUGGCUGAUUUUAAACAACAGUUAGAACAAUUGAGACAAGCUGAAGUUGAACUUAAAAAUAAUCUCAAUAUUUUUGAAGCCAAUCUAGUUGACUCGUUAGAACUAGACAAGAUUGACAAAGAGUUUUCAGCAAUUCAACUUGUGUGGGAAUUGACAAAAAAAUGGGACGAAUCAUGGGAACGUUAUAAAACAGUUAACUUCUGGACAAUAGAGAUCGAUGAAAUGGAAACAGAGGCAUCGAAAUUAUUUAAAAAAUUUACUCGGCUAUCGAAAGAACUUGAAAACAAAAAUUGGUCAAUAAUUGAAUUUACUAGAUCGAGUAUUGAUAAAUUUCGUCGUACAUUACCUUUAAUAAUAGACCUGAAAAAUCCUGCAAUGCGUAAACGUCACUGGGACAAAGUUAAAUCCACAAUAGGCCAUGAAUUCGACGAAUUUUCGGAAGGAUUUACAUUGUCAUUAAUAAUAAAAAUGCAAUUACAAAAUUAUUCGGAUGAAAUUGGUGAUAUAUCAAAUUCCGCGUCCAUGGAAUUAACGAUAGAACAAGGUUUAAAGAGCAUCACUGCAACAUGGGAUACUCGGAAACUGGAAAUGACACUUAACAAAGAAACUGGAAUUUAUCGAUUACAAUCAGUGGACGAGAUCUUUCAGACUUUAGAGGAUCACCAAGUCCAGUUGUCAGCAAUGAAGUCAACGAGGUUUGUCGAGCCCUUCGUCAACGAUGUAGACCAAUGGGAACGUACUUUAUCCACGAUUGCCGAUUUGCUUGAAGUAAUUCUUCUUGUACAAAAAGACUAUAUAUAUCUGGAUAAUAUAUUCCGUACAGAAGAUAUAAGAAAGCAAAUGCCAAACGAAACAGACAGCUUUGAUGCAUUAACCAUCGAAUUCAAAGACAUUUCCAGUCAAAUUGCUAAAGCACAAAAUAUCGUCCAAGCUUGUCACGAUUCAAAUAUACUACUCAAACGGCUGAAUAAACUCCUGAAUCAUAUGGACUCGAUUCAACGUGCACUAGAGCAAUAUUUAGAAAGUAAACGUCAUAUAUUUCCGCGGUUUUACUUCAUAUCCAAUGAUGAUCUUCUAGAGAUACUGGGCAGCGCAAAACAUCCGGAUUUAAUACAACGACAUAUAAAAAAACUCUUUGGGAAUAUAAACUCUUUGAAAAUAUCAAAAGUGGGUAGGCAUAUAGCCGAAGGAAUGUUUUCAACUGAAGGAGAGUACGUGGAAUUUCUUAAGUCAGUAAAUUUGGAGGGACAAGUAGAGUAUUGGCUUUGUAAAAUUGAAAUAGCUAUGCGAGAGUGUCUGAAAGAGGUUCUACGACAGUGUCGUGCGGCACUACGAAAAAUCCAGGAUAAGCGAGACAAGUGGGUGAAGGAGUGGCCGAGUCAGCCGGGAAUAACGUCCACUCAGAUACAGUGGACAAGCGACUGCACACGAGUACUUGUACAUUGCAAAGCUAUGGAAUCUAGGAAACCACUGAGAAAACUACGAAAACGGCAAAAUCAAGCGCUCGCUAAGUAUUCAGAAGCUAUUCGUACUGAUGUAGAUAAACUACUGAGGAUAAAACUCAAAGCUAUUGUCGUCAUUGAAAUUCAUGCGAGAGACGUCAUUGAAAAAUUAUAUAAACUACGUUGUAAAGAUGUUACAUCAUUUGAUUGGAUAUCGCAAUUGCGUUUUUACUGGGAUCGUAAUCUGGACGAGUGUGUUAUACGACAAACUAACACUAAUUUUAUUUAUGGAUACGAAUAUCUCGGAAACUCGGAGCGCUUAGUCAUCACGCCAUUGACCGAUAGAUGUUACAUAACUUUGACAACAGCACUCAAUCUGUAUCGCGGUGGGUGCCCUAAAGGACCAGCUGGUACUGGAAAAACAGAAACAGUAAAAGAUCUCGGAAAAGCUUUAGGUUUGAAUGUAAUAGUACAAAACUGUUCAGAAGGUCUGGAUUAUAAAAGUAUGGGAAGAUUGUUCGCCGGUCUAGCGCAAACUGGUGCUUGGGGUUGCUUCGAUGAGUUCAACAGGAUCAAUAUUGAAGUGCUGUCGGUUGUCGCCCAGCAAAUUCUCUCCAUCCUUACAGCACUUGCUCAGAAGUUAACGAGAUUUCUCUUCGAGGGCUCUGAUAUUUCUCUCGUUCGAACAACGGGAAUUUUCAUCACUAUGAAUCCAGGGUAUGCAGGCAGAACAGAAUUACCUGACAAUCUUAAGUCAAUGUUUAGACCAAUAUCCAUGAUGGUGCCUGAUAGCAGUAUGAUUGCGGAAAUCAAUCUCUUUGGAGAGGGAUUCGAAAAUACGAGAGCUCUCGCCAGAAAGGUAUUCACUCUCUACACAUUAGCACAACAGCAACUCAGUAAACAGCAUCAUUAUGACUUUGGUUUACGAGGAAUAGUAACGCUGACACGUUAUGCCGGUAAGAAAAGACGUCAAUACAGCCACUUACCGGAUGAAGAGAUAAUAAUAUUAUCAAUGAAUGAUAUGAACAAAUCGAAAUUGACAUCCGAUGAUUUGCCAUUAUUCAUCAACAUUACAUCAGAUUUAUUUCCUGAAAUAAAAAUACCCAAAGUCGAUUACGAUGAAUUUAUCGAAUACAUCACCAAGGAAGCAGUCAAGUUGAAUUUACAGCCAAUUCCAAUGCUACUGACAAAAGUAAUUGAACUGUAUGAGACUAAAAAUUCUCGACACUCGACAAUGAUCGUCGGGCAAUCAAAUACCGGUAAAUCAACGAUAUGGAAAAUUUUAAAAAACACAUCUACGUCAAUGAAUAGAGAUAAAAAAAAAGGAUUCAAUGUUGUAAAUGAGUAUCCCAUUAAUCCGAAAGCAUUAAACUUGGGUGAACUGUACGGCGAAUAUAAUCCUUCAACUGGUGAAUGGUCAGACGGUAUAAUAUCCUCUAUUAUGCGAAAGACCUGCACGGAUAACAGUUUAGAUGAAAAGUGGAUUAUUUUUGAUGGCCCAGUUGAUGCAUUGUGGAUUGAAAACAUGAACAGUGUAAUGGACGACAAUAAAAUACUCACACUUAUUAACAAUGAACGCAUAACAAUGACGAAACAAGUAUCAUUGUUAUUUGAAACUCAAGAUUUGGCUGUUGCGUCACCGGCGACCGUUUCUAGAGCCGGUAUGAUUUAUUGCGACUAUAAAGACCUCGGAUGGCACCCGCUCGUUAAUUCAUGGCUUGCAAAAUAUCAAACCAUCUCUGAGGAAUUUGUCCAACAAAUAAACCUAUUGUUUGAAAACUAUAUCGAUAAAGUAUUAACGUUCAAGCGGGUUAAGUGUAAAGAAUUAAUCACCGUUAAUGAGCUAAAUUCUGUCGAAAGUUUGUGCAAACUGUUACAAGUGCUCGCGACACCGGAAAAUGGAGUUAAAUUUGAUGGAGAUAGACAUACUUUUAAUUUGAUGUGUAAAAUUUGGUUUCUCUUUUGCAUGAUUUGGUCAGUCUGCUCGACGGUUGACGAAGAAGGACGACGUAAAAUGGAUAAUUACGUUAGGGAGAUGGAUAAUAUUUUUCCUCUCAAGGAUACGAUCUACGAGUAUUACGUUGACGUUAGACAGCGUGGUUUUACCUCAUGGGAAGAAAAAUUGUCAUUGGCUUGGAGAUAUCCUACAGAAACACCGUUUUAUAAAAUAAUAGUACCAACUGUUGACACAGUUAGGUAUGACUAUUUAUUGAAUGUACUACUGAAAAAUGGGUAUCCAGUGAUGCUCGUAGGACCCGUCGGCACAGGAAAAACGUCAAUGGCACAAACGGUACUAGAAUCAUUAGAUAAAACCAAGUACAGUGUCCUUACAAUAAAUAUGUCAGGACAAACAACCUCGAAUAAUAUUCAAGACGCCAUAGAAAGCCGUUUAGAAAAACGUAUGAAGGGAAUUUAUCUACCAUUUGGUGAUAAAACGAUGAUAACAUUUAUGGACGACUUUAAUAUGCCGAUGAAAGAUACUUAUGGCUCACAACCUCCGCUUGAAUUAAUACGACAAUUUAUUGAUUACAAAUUUUGGUAUCAUCGUACAAAACAAACUCAGAAGUACAUUAAGAAAAUGCAAUUGAUGAGCGCUAUGGGGCCUAGUGGUGGCGGACGCAAUGUCAUAAGUAAUCGUUUGAUUACUAAAUUUAAUGUUAUUAAUAUGACUUUUCCAAUGGAAAAACAAAUUGUACGCAUAUACAGUACAAUGUUGAAUCAACAAUUGUUUGACUUUAACCCAGAAGUCAAGGGAAUCGCUACUGAAAUAACUUUGUCGACUAUUGAAAUUUAUAAUAGUGUAGUAAAAGCAAUGCUACCUACUCCGGGUAAAAUCCAUUAUUUAUUUAAUCUACGAGAUAUAUCAAAGGUAUUCCAGGGUCUUUUACGUAGCCACAAAGAUUACCAACAUUCCCGGUGGACAUUUCUCCGUCUCUGGAUUCACGAGAUUUUCCGAGUGUUCAGUGACCGGCUGAUUGACGACUGGGACCGUGAUUGGUUGAUUUCAAAGGUGAAUGAACAGCUGGGCAAAUACUUUGAGCUGACAUUUCACAAUCUGUGCCCGGAAAAACGUUGUCCUGUAUUUGGCACCUUUAUGAACGCCCGGAACAUAUACGAGGACCUGCAGGACAUGCAUCCAGUGCGUUGUCACAUUGAAAGACAGAUGGAGGAAUAUAAUACGUCACCGGGAGUUGUAAGACUUAAUCUCGUUCUCUUUAGUCAAGCUGUCGAGCACAUUUGCCGGAUUGCACGAGUUAUUUCCCAACCACGCGGUAACAUGCUGCUCGUUGGAAUUGGUGGUAGUGGAAGGCAAUCUCUGUCUAAAAUAGCCAGUUACAUGAGCGAAUUGAAAGUCUUUCAAGUGCAAGUAACCAAGCACUACGGUGUUCUAGAAUUUCGUGAAGAUCUCAAGAGACUUUACUCAAUGACAGGAGUGGACAACACGCCAACGAGUUUUCUUUUUCACGAUUCUCAGGUUGUCGAGGAGCAAUUUCUUGAAAUCGUCAACAGCAUGCUCGGAACUGGUCAAGUCCCAAACUUACACAAAACCGACGAAAUUGAAGAGAUUAAAAACCGUCUGAUUAAAGAAGCCACCAAAGCGGGUAUCAUACCAACGACCGAAUCAAUUAUGUUAUUUAUGUUUGAACGCGUGCGCGCUAAUAUGCACAUCAUGUUAUGUAUGAAUCCAAUUGGUGAAAAGUUUCGCAAUCGUUUAAGGCAAUAUCCGUCGUUGAUAAAUUGCACAACGAUCGACUGGUUUCUUGCGUGGCCUAGAGAAGCACUCUUGGAAGUCGGCAACAAGUUCCUCAUGAAUCUUAGCCUCGUUACGACAAUCACUGGGGUGGACAAACUGGAGCCCACGAGGUCAGAAACCACACCACCAAUUUAUUCACUGCAAGAACGCAUGGUCGACGGUAUUACCGCGACCUUUGCUCUAAUUCACGACACGGUAAUACAGUACUCGAAAAGAAUGGCAAUGGAGAUGAAGAGAUACUGCUACGUGACACCAGCAAAUUUUCUUCAACUCGUUGUUGGUUACAAAAACAUGCUCGAGAGUAGAAGACAAAAAGUUGCUGAGCAAGCGAACAAACUUCACAGUGGCCUUACUAAGAUCAAUGAAACCAAAGACAAGGUAAAUGACAUGGCAGUUGAACUAGAAGUGACACAGAGACAGGUACUCAAAGCGACUGAGGAUUGUGAGGAAUACCUAGUGACAAUUGUCAACCAAAGACGAGACGCGGAUGAGACACAGAAGAAUGUCAUUGCCAGGUCUAUUCGCAUUGAGAAAGAGUCUAAGGAGUGCAAGAAGUUGGAGAUGCUUGCGAGAGCUGAUCUCGAAACUGUCGAGCCCGCGCUGGAUGAAGCUAUGAAGGCACUCGAUACUCUCAAUAAAAAAGAUCUCGCCGAGAUAAAAUCAUUUGCUCGGCCGCCCCCCGGGGUUGAAAUGGUCAUGGAGGCAGUGAUGAUACUGAAAAACUCCGAGCCAACUUGGGCGGAAUCCAAGCGACAACUAGGCGACGUCAAUUUCUUAUAUUCGUUGAAAAACUUUAAUAAAGACCGUAUAACAGAUCGUACACUGAAAGCUAUCAGAAAGUAUACUUCAAAUCCGGAAUUUAAUCCGGAUAAAGUAGGCCAAGUAUCAAUUGCUGCGAAAUCACUUUGCAUGUGGGUAAUUGCGAUGAAACAAUACGGCAAACUCUACAGAAUAGUGGCACCUAAAAGAGAACGCUUGGAGUUAGCACUUAAAUCACUGAGAGAAAAAGAAAUAGCCUACAACGAAGCCGUAAUACAAUUGCAAAAGUUGCGUUCUGAGUUGGAGAGUCUACAGCAAAUGUACGACGCGAAGAUGAAGGAAAAGGAAGACCUAAUUAGACUGGCUAAUCUGCUGAAGAUAAAGUUAGAACGAGCAGCGAUGCUAGUGAAUGGUCUCUCAGAUGAGCAUCUUCGAUGGCAAGAGACAGUAGAGUCCUUAGGGGAGUUUUAUGAGCGUCUACCCGGUGAUUGCCUCAUAUCAACUGCUUUCAUAUCUUACUUAGGUCCGUUCUUGUCCAAUUACCGUGAGGAACUCGUUGAGAUUUGGAUGAAAGAGGUACAAGAGAAGGGAAUUCCCUGUACCCGCGAAUUAGACGUAAAGCAGUUCCUAAGCAAUCCAACAAAAAUUAGGGAGUGGAACAUUCAAGGCCUGCCUUCCGAUGAAUUCAGCACCGAGAAUGGGAUCAUUAUAACUCAGAGCACGCGGUGGCCUCUUGUUAUUGAUCCUCAAUGUCAGGCAGUCAAGUGGAUCAAGAAUAUGGAGGCAACUAACAGUUUGCGAGUCAUCGACUUUGCCAGGCAAGAUUUCACGAGGGUCUUAGAGCUGGCAUUACAAUUUGGAGAGCCUGUGCUACUGGAAAAUAUUGGAGAGCAUAUAGAUCCUAUAUUAAGUCCUAUUUUACACAGAUCAUUUAUCAAAUUAGGUGAUGCAGUAAUGAUUAAAUUUAAUGAUAAAAUGAUUAGUUAUAACGACAACUUCCGUCUAUAUAUAACAACGAAACUGGCAAACCCACAUUAUAGUCCGGAGAUAUCAACCAAAACUGCAUUAUGCAACUUCGCCAUUAAGGAACAAGGUUUAGAAACUCAACUACUCGGCAUUGCGGUGAGAAAGGAAAAGCCACAACUCGAAGAGCAGAAAGACAACUUGGUACUCAGCAUUGCCACAGGCAAACGAACUUUAAAAGAAUUAGAAGACAAAAUUUUACAUCUCCUGAGUGUGGCUUCGGGAUCUUUGUUGGACGACUUAGACCUCUUGAACACAUUACAGACUUCAAAAAGUACUUCAACUUCAGUCCAAGAGUCUUUAGUCAUCUCGUUGGCCACGGAAAAAGAAAUAGACAAAGCGAGAGAACAAUAUCGUCCUUGUUCUCGACGUGCGACGAUACUAUUUUUUAUUUUAAAUCAAUUGUACUUAAUUGAUCCGAUGUAUCAAUUCUCACUGGACUCCUACAUCAAUCUCUUUACGCAUUCUAUCGAAAAAUGCCCGAAAAAACACAAAAUUAGCGAAAGGAUUGAUGCAUUGAAUGACUAUCACACUUAUGCCGUUUACACGAACACGUGUCGCGGGUUAUUUGAGCGUCAUAAACUAUUAUUUUCAUUCCACAUGUGUAUAAAAAUACUCCAAGCCCAAGGGAAAAUGAACCCAGCGGAGUAUAAUUUUUUAUUGAAAGGCGGAAUAGUUUUUGACCGUGAACACCAACCGGACAAACCAGUUACUUGGUUAUCUAAUGAAAAUUGGGAUAAUAUUACCGAACUUGAUAAAUUUCCCGGCCUUCAUGGGAUAGUUUCAUCAUUUGAAGAACGUCCACGCGAUUGGCACAAUUGGUACACGAAUAUCGAACCCGAAUCAAUAAGAUUACCCGGAGGAUGGGAGGAAUCACUGACGGAACUACAGAAAAUAUUGAUAAUAAGAAGCUGCAGGAGUGAUCGCGUAAUAUUUAGCGUAACAAAGUUUAUAGUAAAUAAUUUAGGAACAAGAUUUGUGGAGCCGCCAGUUUUGGAUAUCAAGGAAGUGUUGGACGACUCAACGUCACACUCACCACUGAUAUUCAUCCUUUCUCCGGGCGUUGAUCCAACCGCGGAAUUAAUGCAAUUAGCCGAAAGUAAGGGAAUGGCUCAGAGAUUUAUGACACUGUCACUUGGACAGGGACAAGCACCUAUCGCUACUAAUAUGAUUGAAGCGGGGUCGCAAGAUGGGUCCUGGAUAUUUUUAGCAAACUGUCACCUGUCACUUAGUUGGAUGCCGACGUUAGACAAAAUUGUCGAGUCAUUAACAAAUAAUAAAAACUUACAUCCCGAAUUCAGACUAUGGCUGAGUUCAAGCCCAACGUCAGAGUUUCCUAUAUCAAUCCUUCAAGCGGGAGUUAAAAUGACUACAGAACCGCCCAAGGGUCUGAAAGCCAACAUGAAACGUCUCUAUGGCUUAAUUACAGCAAGUCAAUUUGAUAUUUGUCAGGCUAAAUUUAAAUACAAAAAGCUCUUAUUCGCGCUUGUAUUUUUUCACUCUAUUUUACUUGAGCGUAAAAAAUUUCAACAACUCGGUUGGAAUGUCAUUUACAGCUUCAAUGACUCAGACUUUAAAAUAUCAGAAAAUAUUCUGCAAGUAUAUUUAGAUGAAUAUCCCGAAGAAACUCCUUGGGAAGCUUUAAAAUAUUUGAUAGCUGGUGUAUGCUACGGAGGUCACGUAACUGAUGACUGGGAUCGACGCUUGCUCAUGACCUAUGUCCAGCAAUAUUUAAAUCCUGAUAUAUUUACAAAAGAAUCCUAUCGUCUGUCAUCAUUAUCAAGUUACUACGUCCCACGUGAUGGAUCACUCGAGUCGUAUUGUGAUUUUAUAACAAUGCUGCCGAGUACAGACAAACCAGAAGUAUUUGGUCAGCAUAUGAAUGCAGACAUAACGUCACUUAUCAUUGAGACACGUUCAAUGUUUGAAACUUUGAUGAGUCUGCAGAUUCAAGUGUCAUCUAAUGAAAUUAUAACCAGUAGCAGUUGUACCAAAGAAGACAAAGUGAUGCAACUAGCAAGUGACAUAGAAGAAAUGCUGCCAAGAAAUAUCGACUACGAGACAGCAGAGAAACUAAUUGGAUCAACAAAUAAGACACCACUUAGUGUUGUGUUGCUACAGGAAAUAGUACGGUACAAUAUCCUACUUGAAUUGACACGAGACAGUGUACGAGAUUUACAACGUGGGAUCAAAGGACUGGUAGUGAUGUCAGACGAGCUGGAAGAAAUAUUCACGUGUGUAUACGAGGGUCGUGUACCGUCAACCUGGUUGACAGCUUAUCCGUCCUUAAAAGCCUUAGGCUCAUGGACCCGAGAUCUCAUCAGCCGUGUUCAACACUUGGCUAAGUGGGCGGAAACCACUCAUACGCCUUUACUGUUCUGGCUUGCCGCCUACACCUUUCCUACGGCUUUUCUUACUGCUGUGCUUCAAACUUCAGCGAGACAAUCGAAUUUGUCUAUUGAUUCACUUACUUGGGAAUUUAAUGUUAUUGAUAUUGAUGAGGACGCUAUUAUUGAACCACCGACGGAUGGUGUUUAUGUGCGAUCUAUUUAUCUGGAAGGCGCUGGGUGGGAUUGUGAAGCUGGUAGAUUGAUUGAGCCAACGCCAAUGCAGCUGGUAUGUGACAUGCCUGUAAUUCAUUUCCGGCCCACUGAACUGACGAGGAAAAAACCUAAAGAUAUCUAUGAUUGCCCGUGUUAUUACUACCCUUGGAGAGCUGGGACGCAAACUCAUUCAGCUUUCGUGGUAGCUGUUGAUUUAAAAACUGGAUACGAGACCCCAGAUUUUUGGAUUAAGCGAGCAACAGCUUUAUUAUUAAGUCUAGCUGAUUAA